AAAAUGCUUAUUCUCAUAGUUCUUGACAGUGUGCUGUGACAGGAAUGUUUUCGUUGUGCUAUUCCCUUGGGUGCUUUAUAUACUAGCGCUUUCCUUCCUAGCACUCUCCCCCCUGUGCUUCCAGGAUGGAAAUUACCUUGCUCUUCGUUAAAGGAGUUUGUUUUUAUGCAGAAGGAAUGCCCAGAGAUUGAAUUGGUCUGUGUUUGCCUUAAUAUCUUUAAUAAAUCAGCUGAGCUUCACUUCUGCUUUCUUGUGGCAAGCCAGCCAUGCAGAUGAAUGGUCAAAAGAGGAAGCUACUGAUGUUGUUCCCAUUUUUUAUGGCAACGAGCUUUACUUUCACAUUGUACAGAUCAACAAUGGCCAUUGCUCCAGAUGGAUUUGUGAAGAUUCAACUCACAAUGAUGUGAUUUAUGUUCUCUGGUUGUUAAGUAAAAUAGACUGCUACAAGCUGACACUUCUGUGGGAUAUGGAUUUUAGCUCAUUUAUAUGCAUCUUUCAUGGUUUGGGGUUUUUUUAGAUAAAUCAGUGCAUUUGUGUAAGCUUUAAAAUAAUUGGAGAUUCAUCUUGUAAUGCAGAUAUUAAUUUCAUCUUUUUGAAACAGCUGUAGGUGGGACUGGAAAUUUGAUGUAAACCUGUAGGUUUAAGUGGGUGUAGUGGGACCCUAACACUUUGCUUCUGUUAUUCCUGAUGGUUAAUGGCAGAUGAAUUGUUAUCCAGAGAAUGUUUUAACCACUGUGUUAAAGUGAAAUCUUUUUUUAUUUUCUAACUUACUGUUCAAGUAUUGGUUGCAAGAGGAAAGUAAUGGUGUGAGUGUUCUGUUUUAUUGGGCUGCAGAGUCUACUCUGAAGCCUGGUGGGCUUUGCUCCACAAAAUGGGUAAGGGUUGGUUGUUUAGAAUUACAUCCAUGGGUUUUUAAACUUUUUUCCUAUUAUUUCUGUAAAUACUACUGAAGUGUGCUAAAACCUUACUGCAUUACAUUUAAAUUAUUCAUGUUACCUAAAACAUUGAGCAGCACCUUUGUUGCCUGAGUGGUGAAGAACAGACAGCUGAGGUAAUUGAAGUCCUUCCCUGUGGCCUUGGUUGCACAUUAUUCAAGUUCUAAAGCUUUUGACAGUGUGGUUCUUUUACAGAGGCAGAAAGGAUGCUUUCUUCAUUUCAGUGAAUUCAGCUAAUUAAUUUCAAUGAUGGUUAGCUAAUUUUCAGUUUUAAAGCUGCUUGUAUCCUUGAGUGCACCAUAAGCAUGAAAGACUAAGAUUCAUUAUCUCUAAAAUCUUGGUGAAAGCACUUAAUUGGAAACAGUCAACUACAUUCCCCUAUUUUGCUAAUAAUUUUUAACAGAUUUUUCUGAUGAAAGCUAUUGUUUUGAGUGCAAAAUGUGUUUUGAUUAAAAAUGCUAGUAAAGCUAACCUCAGAAAGUGAAUAGUGAGCUUUCCAUGAAGAUUUAAUUGAAUUAAGUUUCCUAUUGAAACAGAAGUCAAAGAGUGAACAAACUUAAACAAAAUAAAAUCAUCUUCUGUUAGCUGUUUAAGGUAACAUAAAAUAUGAGAUCUGCAUAAAUUAAUCAACAUCAUUUUUUAUAUUACUACAUAAAUCUGAGCUGUGGGCUUCUGCAGAAGGAAAAAGUAGGUGCAAAUUAUAUAACUGAUAACUUCUGGUUGUGUGUUACUACCAAGCAAAUUGCAGUCAUUUCAUACAGUGCUUUCCAGAGUGCUUAUUGAAAACCACCAUUGCUAUUAUAACUUUGUAGUUAUUUUAUAACUUUAUAAUUGAUGUAAGAUGCUUUUAUUAUUGUGUACGCUGCAACCAGAAGUUGGUAUCUGGAUUUUGCAUUUGCAUCUAGAGAAAUUAGACCCAGAAGGAACGUGUGUUAUUCUUGGUUUUUUACCUUUGCCACGCAGCUGGGACAGCUGUGGAAAGUCAGGUCUGUGGGAUGUCUUGGUUGUGUUCAGAGGAAUAAGUACACAAAGAAGUCCACGAAGCCUCAUGUCUGCAGCUUCAGUGAUGUGUAUAGCUGUGUGGUGACUUACUGAGGUAGGGUCCCCCUGGUGAGAUUUUGGAGAUGCCUCCUCUUUUGAAGCCUAUGACACAAGUAGUACUGAGAAAAAGCAAUAUUGAGAGCGUCCUGUGUUCUUGUUUGUACCCAUUGCCUCUUGCUGCAAUUAGGCACCACUGAGCAGAGCCUGGCUCCACUUCACUGCACUCUCCCUUCUGCGUCUAUAUGGCUGUUAAUGAGAUCUCCUGAGCCUCUUUUAUUCUAUGAUAAAGUCCCAGCUCUCUCAGCAUCUCCUCAUAGGAGAGAUGCUGCAGUCCCUUGCUCAUCUUGGUAGCUCUAUGUUGGUCUCUUUACAGUGUUGACAGGUAUUGUUGUUGCUAUCAUUAACAGGUAUGUAGGUAUUUGCCAACCUUUUCCUCGGCAGCUGUGUCCCAUCCCUUCAGCUGUAACGGGAAGCAGAAGAAUGUGACAAUCCAGUUACUGAGGCAUGGGAGAUAAUCUUCAGAGAUUUAGUGCCAUCUCCCACCUAAUGCUUGCUGUGAGUUGGCUGGUGAAAUGAAACCCUGCUAGACUGCAGGAGUUACAGAAGUCCAGAUGCUUGCAGUCAGGAGUCACACUGUGUUAACUGUGGGAAGCCUUUACUGGAGCUGAACCAAUGUUCCCUUUGCAGUUUUAGGAAGGUUCUCUUCAUCUGUGUCUACUGCUGUUCUCUUUGCCCUCGUGAUCAUGAUGGAAACAGGCAAAAUAUUCCUCACUGCCAACUAACAGUGAGAUGGGAGAGUAAUGAACCUGGAGGCUGUGUUGUGCAAACCUUUUCACCUUGGCAGAGCUGACAGCAAUGCUUGUUAAGCUGCACUGCUAAACAAGUGUAAAUCAUCUUUAUUACUGUAUCCAGCCCAGUCUCUGACCCUCACCACUCUCCUCUCUGUGCACAAACCCUUUCAUGUUGGCUAAUGAGCAUGUCAGGGAUGACGUGCUAAGAACAAGGUUGUGCUGAUAACCAGCUUCCUUCAUGGUGAGGAAGCAGAUGUGGUCAUCUAGAUCCUUCCCUCAACUUUUCUCACACUCACAGAAGGGCAGGUAAAUUAUCCCAUCUUUCAUAGGGAGAGUGAAGGUAAAUCGUAGAGCUGCUUAAAUGCAACACUGCGAAGCCAUGGAACAGUGUUGGUCGUCCUGGUAUGUGCAGGAUGUGCAUGUAAGCACCAUCACUGUGACUGUACUCCCAAAGAGGGAGAAAUCUCUUCUAGUGUAUGUCAAUGCAGAAAGUCUGGAGCGGUCCCACAGUAAAUAGGAGAAACCUAUUUAUAGGUUUCACCUAUAGGUGAAAGUUUGGGUUUUAACCAGAUAGAGCAAGACACAGAGAUACAAACCAAAGGAAGAUCUCAGGCAGGGCUGAAAAGGGGCACUUGCUUUGCAGAUUUGUGAUCAAGAUGUAUGUUACAGCCCUGUGGGCAUGAGGGAGAUCAUCCUAGUUCUGGGAUUCAGCCAGUUUUUCAUCCUUUUUGCUGCCUGUUUCUGGGAGUUAGCAUGAAACAAGACAAACGCAGAACACCCCCACAACCUCCACCAGCAACAUAAUGGCUGCACGACACAACAUGUUGUACUGGUGCACAGAGGUCACAGCAACUUCUUAUUCUGUACGCUUCAGUGAAUCAGGUGAUCAUGAGGAGUUCAUAUGGUGGUUCUUUCCAUACUGUUGUUGUUUCCAGAGAAGUAAUGCACAAAUCCCAGUCCUAAAUAAUGUUGCAUUCAAAGAGAUGACGAACUCAUGCACUGUGUUUCUCCAUGGAUGGGAGCACAAGGGAGGGGCUGUGAGCCUCAGUAACCACAGGUUCCAAACAACCUGGCAACCUUUGUUCAAAUUCUAAGUUGGAUCUGUAGGACUUUGGCUGUGUUUGACAACAUUAAGCCACCCAUAUGAAGGAGGAGUGCUGUGAGCUGGGUAUGUCUGCAAACUGACUGGUAGCAAGCAGCGCCUGGCCUCAUAACUGAUACCAGUUUUGCACCUUCCUCUGCAUGUGAUGCAAUUCUUUUUCGUUGGCAAAGUUAUUUCCCUCUCAUACAGAUUCUCUCUGCAACAUAUUUAGUUUCCAUCCAAUGGGCAAUUAAACUCACAGCCAGAGUCUGUGCAUAACUCAUUUUGCCAUAGCUAUCUUUGGUUUGUAGCAUUGCUGGCUGUAACCUGUUCUGAAGUCUAGUAAAGAACAUGGAUAAUGUCUCUCCAGAGAAAAAGGAUGUAAAAGGCUGCCCUCGGGACUCUGGAUAUGACAGCCUGUCUAACAAGCUGAGCAUAUUGGAUAAGCUCCUCCAUACUCACCCUGUGUGGCUCCAGCUUGGUCUGAAUGAUGCUGAAGCCAUGGAAAUUCUGCGUGCACAGCCUCCUGGGAUAUUUUUGGUUAGGAAAUCUUCAAAACUGCUGAAGAAGGUCAUAUCUCUGCGUCUGCCAGGUGACUGUGGGCCCUGCCUGAAGGAAUUUGCAAUAAAAGAAAGCACAUACACAUUUUCCUUAGAGGGGUCUGGAAUAAGUUUUGCUGAUUUAUUCAGGCUCAUUGCUUUCUACUGUAUUAGUAGGGAUGUUCUUCCAUUCACCCUGAAGUUGCCUCAUGCUAUUGCUGCAGCAAAGACAGAAGCUGAACUUGAAGAGAUUGCUCAGCUUGGACUGAAUUUCUGGAGCUCUCCAGCUAACAGCAGCCCCUCAGAUGCUUCACCUCCCCGUAAGCCUGGGCCUUCAGACAGUGCUUGCAAAGACUCGCGUCAGCUCUGCCUUAUAAAUGGAGUGCAUUCUAUACGAACCAGAACGCCCUUGGAGCUGGAGUGCAGCCAGACCAACGGAGCUCUGUGUUUCAUUAAUCCACUCUUCUUAAAAGUGCACAGCCAGGAUGUCACUGGAAGUCUGAAAAGGCAGAGCCUGAAAUCUCAGGACGUGAAUGGCACUGAGAGGCCUCGCUCCCCCCCACCCCGGCCACCACCUCCUUCUAUUAAUAGCGUCCUCAUGAGCCCACAGCUUUCCAGGACUAUAAAGCAGACGAGCGUGCCAGAAACAGUCAACCAUAAGAAAGAGAGAGACUUGGAUUUGCUGCAGAGUAAACCAACCCCUAUUCCGCCUCCUCGGCUGAAGAAGCAGGCUGUUUGUGCAGAGGUGGAGGGCGGCAGCUCAAAGCCGGCCGCAAUUCAACCCGCCUGCAAUUCUGUGCGUGUGCCCGCAGCUGCUGACGUUGUAGGUGAAACCCCCCCACCUCAGCCAGCUCCAACAGCUUCCAAGAAGACUGCAGUUAGCAGCUCUGAGUCACACGUACCCUGGAAUGGAGGCAGGCAGAGGCUGAGCGACAUGAGCAUUUCUACCUCCUCCUCUGACUCGCUGGACUUCGAUCGGAGCAUGCCGUUGUUUGGCUACGAGGGGGACACUAACAGCAGCCUGGAGGAUUUUGAGGGGGAAAGUGACCAAGAAAGCAUGGCACCUCCAUUGAAACCCAAGAAGAAAAGAAACAGUUCGUUUGUUCUCCCCAAGAUUGUGAAAUCCCAGCUACGGAAAGUUAGUGGAGUUUUCAGUUCCUUCAUGACCCCUGAAAAGAGAAUGAUUAAGAAGAUAGCAGAGAUGUCCCGGGACAAACGCACUUACUUUGGAUGCCUGGUACAGGACUAUAUCAGCUUUCUCCAGGAAAACAAGGAGUGCCACGUUUCCAGCACAGAUAUGCUACAAACAGUUCGGCAGUUCAUGACCCAAGUUAAGAACUAUUUGUCCCAAAGCUCUGAACUUGAUCCCCCAAUCGAAUCGCUGAUUCCAGAGGACCAAAUAGAUGUUGUCCUGGAGAAAGCCAUGCAUAAGUGCAUUCUGAAGCCAUUGAAGGGCCACAUAGAAGCGAUGUUGAAAGAGUUUCAUACUGCAGAUGGUUCUUGGAAACAGCUAAAGGAAAACCUGCAGCUGGUACGGCAGAGGAAUCCUCAGGAACUGGGCGUGUUUGUUCCAACACCAGACUUUGUGGAUGUUGAGAAGAUUAAAGUCAAGUUCAUGACCAUGCAGAAAAUGUACUCGCCUGAAAAGAAAGUCAUGCUGCUGCUGAGAGUUUGCAAAUUGAUUUACACAGUUAUGGAGAAUAACUCAGGGAGGCUGUAUGGAGCUGAUGACUUCUUGCCUGUGUUGACGUAUGUAUUAGCUCAGUGUGACAUGCUGGAGCUGGAUACUGAAAUUGAGUACAUGAUGGAAUUGCUGGAUCCAUCUUUGCUGCAUGGAGAAGGAGGCUAUUACUUGACAAGUGCUUAUGGAGCACUUUCCCUGAUCAAGAAUUUCCAGGAAGAACAAGCUGCCAGACUGCUAAGUUCAGAAGCCAGAGAUACUCUCAGGCAAUGGCACAAAAGGAGGACGACUAACAGGACGAUACCUUCGGUUGAUGAUUUUCAGAACUACCUUCGAGUUGCAUUCCAGGAAGUUAACAGUGGAUGCACAGGAAAGACCUUACUAGUAAGACCGUAUAUCACUACAGAAGAUGUAUGCCAGCUCUGUGCUGAGAAGUUUAAAGUGGACAACCCGAAAGAAUAUAGCCUCUUUCUUUUUAUUGAUGACACCUGGCAGCAACUGACGGAAGAUACCUACCCACAGAAGAUAAAGGCUGAACUGCACAGCCGUCCGCAGCCCCAGGUCUUUCACUUUGUCUACAAGCGUAUUAACAGUGAUCCUUACAGUGCCAUUUUUCAGAACGACGACUCUGCCUCUUAAAGCCAGCAAUUGACAGUUUAACUUCUGUUUGCUUACCUGUUGAAAAUAACCUUGUUAGCUCCCUGCCUUAGGAGCCAAAACAGUCUAUGCAGGUUUUAAACUACAAAUGCCUAGGGAAAUGUGUGCAGACACAUCUAGUGUUGCUUAGAAAAAACAAUAAUACGUGUAAACCAUGCAUAUGGCUAGUUGUGCAGAAUAUUCCACCUGAGCAGUAAGCAGCCCAUGAAGCUGAAUUUCUUGUACCACAGACUUGCCUGAAAUGAAACAUAUUAUACUGUGGCCCUCUGCAGUUCUUUUUGCUGUAGUGUGCCAAAAUCUAUUUUCUUACACUCAUCCUUUAGCCAAAUGUCACUUUGAUUUAAAUAGACGUAUGUUAGAUAAUUACUUCAGUAAACUCUCUGGUGUGUGCUCAGUUUCACCAGCGUGAGUUGGACAAGACUGUCCGAUGCAGGGCAUCAGUUAGCUCAUUACCUGGAUGAUUGCAUCCUUUUCUAAUUUUUUUUUUUUUAUUAUUACAGAAAAGCUCCAUGUUUUUAUAUAUAUUUCCUAGAAAUUUUAUAGCAGUUGCAGGUAAACUGUCAGGGUUGUUUUUUAAAAUAUUUUUUUAACUAUAAAAUAUUCUAUAAUUAUGCAUGUGAUUUUAACACUUAAUAUACAAGAAUAAAUCUCUUGCUGGUUUUAGAGUAUUGCAUUAAAAGUCUUUUUGGUUUCUCUUCUUUUCCUGUUACGGGAGAGUUUAUGACAUUUCUGUUAUGUGUAAGAAGAUUGUAACAUUGGCACUGGUGAUUUCAGUGCCCUUAUCAGAACUUUAGGUACUGUUAUCUGGACUGUUGUUUAUAUGCAUUGUUUUAGAUAGAACUGGGUGGUUGGAAGGGGAAGUUGAAAAAAGAGGAUGUAGAGAAGGGGCAGAGAAAGAAUUUAAGAACCGAAUUUGGGAUUAAAAUGUAUCAGUCUGCUGGUUCAGGCUCCUUGCAGAAAACGAGCAAAGGUUGGCAAGGAACUUACAUGUAAAUUUUAUUGUAGAUUUGCAGAGGAAUUUGACAGCACCUAUCCCAGAUACUGCUGGUGUUAGCAGAGGAUUAGAUGUAUCAGUACAGUGAAUGAGAACACUAACCAUUUUGUACAGUCUGUCAGCACCAUCAAAAUGUGUUUUGGACUGAAGAGUAUGUUGUAGCAUUUCAUGACUCUUAAGUAACUCAGUAGGUGACAUGUGAAGGUCAGAGUCCUACGUAUACAAAGAUAAAAUGGUAUUGAAUAUGUGUGUUCUGUAGGCUUGUGCAAGAUAGCUGGUGCUGUGGGUGAUGCUGUGGGUCCUCCUGAAGUCAGGUAGGGCUGGCUUUUUGUUUCUUUUUUUUUUUUCCUAGAGAGUAAUGGAGUUUUCUCCAGAUCCUGUGUGGGCAGAUGAUUGCAGAAAUACAUCAUAAGCAACACGUGUAUUGUACAUACAAAGAUCUGUAGCAUUUUUAAUGUUAGUUUGCCAUGUAUUUGAAACCUCUGGCACAUGUUUGUAUUUCAUUUUGUAAAAGGCAAAUGGUGAAUUUUGCACAUAAUACAUUGUAAUACUGAAUAUAA